UCACACGGCGCCGACCAGCUGACAACAAAUAAGAAACGAAAAAGAGAGUGCUGAAGGGUUAAUUGAAUCGGCAGAGGAGAACAGACAGGCAGCAGCAGAUAAGAACCGAGACCGAGAAUGUUUGCCAGCGCCGCGGAGAAAGGCGUCGUCGACGUCGGCAGCGGCGACGGUACGAGCAACGCCGGCAGCGGAGGCAGCAGCAGCGGCGGUGGCAAUGCCAGCGGCAGCAUCGAGUUGUUGUGCCCGCCCAGCGGCAGCAGCAGCAUCAGCGCCAGCUUCAGCAGCAACAGCGGCACCAGCAGCCAAACCCAUAGUACCGCCAUCAGUAGUGCCACAGAUCACAGUAAUAACAACAACAACAACAACAGCAACAACGGCCACAACAAUCACAAUCCGAGCUUACAACUGAACGGUAAUGCCAGCAGCAACAACAGCAGCAACAGCAGCAGCAACUCCAGCAACAACAUUAGCCCUCCCAUCAGCAACAGCAACAAUAAUCACAGCAGCAGCAACAUUAUCAGCGGCUUUUGCAGCACCAUUUGGCGCUCUGCCACAUUUGGCAGUGCAACGCCUGUUAUCAAUCCAUUACCUGGUGUACACAUUAACCCCAAAAGUAUGGAAAGCAGCAGCGAUAGUUGCUCAUUGAGUUCUUCGAUAACGCCAGAGGUUUGCCUAGCUGAUCAGCAAAGGAUCAACAGCACUCAAGAUCAGCAGGAGGAUCAAUCCCAAACAUUCCUAGGCGCCACCGAACUGGACGAUGAGUUAAUCAAACAACUGCCAAAGGAGGUACUGCUGCGCGUCUUCUCCUACCUGGAUGUUGUCUCACUAUGCCGCUGUGCACAGGUAUGCAAAUAUUGGAACGUGCUGGCCCUCGAUGGAUCCAGCUGGCAGAAAAUCAAUCUAUUCGACUUUCAACGUGAUAUCGAGGGUCCGGUGAUUGAGAAUAUAUCGCAGCGAUGUCGCGGUUUCCUCAAAUCACUAUCGCUUCGUGGCUGCCAAUCGGUGGGAGAUCAGUCCGUGAGAACUCUAGCGAAUCACUGCCACAAUAUUGAACACUUGGAUCUGUCGGAAUGCAAGAAGAUAACCGACAUAUCCACACAGUCCAUCAGCAGGUAUUGCUCCAAAUUAACGGCCAUUAAUUUGGACUCGUGCUCCAACAUAACAGACAACAGCUUGAAGUAUCUAUCCGAUGGCUGUCCAAACCUCAUGGAGAUCAACGUGUCCUGGUGCCACCUGAUCUCCGAGAAUGGCGUGGAGGCGCUGGCCCGCGGCUGCGUCAAACUGCGCAAGUUCAGCAGUAAAGGUUGUAAACAGAUAAACGACAAUGCCAUAAUGUGCCUGGCCAAAUACUGUCCCGAUUUAAUGGUGCUAAAUCUACACAGCUGUGAGACCAUCAGCGAUUCAUCGAUCCGCCAACUGGCCGCCAAUUGCCACAAGCUCCAAAAGCUGUGCGUGUCCAAGUGCGCAGACCUCACCGAUCUCACGCUGUUGUCGCUCUCGCAGCACAAUCAUCUACUGAACACCCUGGAGGUGUCCGGCUGUCGCAAUUUCACCGACAUCGGCUUCCAGGCGCUGGGGCGGAACUGCAAGUAUCUGGAGCGAAUGGAUUUGGAGGAGUGCAGCCAGAUUACGGACCUCACGCUGGCCCAUCUGGCCACUGGUUGUCCUAGCUUAGAGAAAUUGACCCUUUCGCAUUGUGAGCUGAUCACAGAUGAUGGCAUACGACAUCUCACCACUGGCAGCUGUGCUGCGGAAAUUCUGUCCGUACUGGAGCUGGACAAUUGCCCCCUGAUUACGGACCGAACGCUAGAGCAUUUGGUGUCCUGCCACAAUCUGCAGCGCAUUGAGCUAUUCGACUGUCAGCUUAUCACCCGCACCGCCAUACGCAAGCUGAAGAACCAUCUACCAAAUAUCAAGGUGCAUGCCUACUUUGCACCCGGAACGCCGCCGGCUGUGACCAGCGGACAUCGACCACGUUAUUGCCGCUGCUGUGAGAUUCUCUGAGAUACGGCCAUCGGCUUCGCCAGGAAGAUAAUGCGCAAGACGGCCACGGACUGAUGGCCCGUGUGCAUCGUCAUGUUCGCCAUGGUGUUCAGCCUGACCCUCGUCUCGAUGAUCUGCAUGUACUUGCUGGGCCUGCUUGACGCAGCGAUGACCACAUAGCCGCCAGAUGCAGUUACAUAUACAGAUCAAGAUCCGGAUUAGCAGCAACAGCCGCAAGCAGCAGCAACAGCCGCCUGCAGCAGCGGCUUAAACGAAACCGAAACCGAAACCUAACCCUAGUUUUAGUUUUGAGCGAGUUUCAAAAACUCGCAGAAACCAGCAUCAAAUUGUGAUUAUUUUAUUUAAUAUGCUACGUUAACUAGACCCUCAUUUGUGUAAUCUGUAUCUGUAUUAGCCUUCCCCAUGCUCUAUGUUUGUUAUUAACUGCAGCCCGAAGAAUUGCUAGCUUAUACAAACCUGUAUAUAUAUAUAUAUAUAUUUAUGUAGAUGUGCAGCCCGAUCCGCGGCAGCUUCAGGUGGUUCCGCUGAAUGUUAUGUGUGUUUAGGCUAGAAACUGCAAUUAUGCGCGAUUAGUUUUAACUCCCAUACACGCAUGCCUGUAUUAAAUGUUUGCUAAAUUAUGACUAAAUUAUAAAUCCAUCUGGAGCACGCUCUGAUUUUAUCUCUCACUGGUCCCCCGAAAAAAAAACAAAACCACUGGAGUUUUUCUAAAUUCCGAAACAUGUCGAUAGAACCACAAAGGGUUCAAAAACACACACAAACACACAUUUACACUCACUAUCUGAGGUACGAUUAAUUUCACUUUUGAUUAUCCACACUCAAGUCUAGUGCCAGCUAAAACUGUUCAGCAAUUAGCAUUAUAUCUUUGUAUAGCCAUGUAUAUUACACAACGAACAAACGACACACACUGGAUCAUCUUCCCUGAAACACAAAACAGUACCCACAUAAAUAAUUCAAUAAAUCUAUAUACACCGUCUGGACUCACACAGAUACUUGAACAGUAUAUUUUGUAAUGUAUUAUCCACUGAAAAAUGUAUAAAUGGGGCAGGAAAGUAAUCGUUAGCCCUCGCUAUAAGCUCACAACUUGAGCCACCACAACUAAGUAGAUAAUAUAUUAUUUCCACAACUGAAAGGUUUCCCUAUCUAGCAGAACUAUAUCCAAUCCUCGAGAGAUUGAGCAGUUGUGAGCUGGGGAAUAGGAUUAACCCAUUAUCCCCACACUUAACCCCUCGACACAGAGAUAAAGCACAAUAAACGCAAAACGAUACCAGA